UCGUCCAGCACUAAACCUGUGAGGUUCUACAGCAGCUGAGCACCACCUGGCAUGCUGAGCCCUCUCUGUCCGCCCACAGCUUCCGUAUUCACAAUGACACAGGGAUUCCACUCCCACCCCCCUGCAGACUCCGGAGCAUUACUCCCGGAAGUGUCGUAAAAAAGCCAGGCGGAAAGGAUUGCCUGUUGACUGGUUGCGGUGUCCUCGCUUUACGGCCGCGGGUGAGCGGAGAUCGGAAGAAGACCGUGUGGGAUGGCUGAUGCACCGCCUGGGCCUAGCGUGCUCUCCCAGUACCCCGGGGCCGGUCUCGCUCUGACCACCAGCUGCCACCCGGCUGAGGAGCAGGAGGACGGGGAGGAGGAAGAGGAAGAAGAAAGCCAGUCGGGGAAAGCAGGCAGCGAGACACCGGCCCGGAAGGACUUGAAGUCGGCGGAUAGCUUAGAGGGCCCCAAGGGCCACCACCGACACCAUCACCACCACCACCAGCUCAAUGGGCUCAUCGGCCCCGACCUGCGGCAUCUCAAAGCCGUGUCCCUAAAGAACAAGUACCUGGGCCCCGAGGAGCCGAGCAGGAAUGAGCCCGGCCUCCCCCAGCCCGACAAACGGACUGCCGCCCCAAAUGGACUGCUGGACAGGGGGCCGGAGACGUCCGAGGGAGUCCUGAGCUCCUGCCUCGCCUCCUGCACCCUCCGGGGGGAGCCGGACACCAAUCAUGUGGCCGAGGAGGACACCACGAUACGAUACGUCCGAUAUGAGUCCGAAUUACAGAUGCCCGAUAUCAUGAGACUGAUCACCAAAGAUCUGUCCGAGCCCUACUCCAUUUAUACCUAUAGAUACUUUAUUCACAACUGGCCGCAGCUCUGCUUUCUGGCUAUGGUGGACGAAGAGUGUGUAGGUGCAAUUGUCUGCAAGUUGGAUAUGCACAAAAAGAUGUUCCGACGAGGUUAUAUAGCCAUGCUAGCCGUGGACUCCAAAUACAGAAGAAAAGGCAUUGGUACUAACUUGGUUAAGAAAGCUAUUUAUGCCAUGGUUGAAGGCGACUGUGACGAGGUUGUGUUGGAAACAGAGAUUACAAACAAGUCUGCUUUGAAACUUUAUGAAAACCUCGGCUUUGUGCGAGAUAAGCGCCUGUUCAGAUACUAUUUAAAUGGAGUAGACGCACUGCGUCUUAAACUAUGGCUGCGUUGAGAAAAGAAUGUCGCGUUGAGGAAUAAAUCCCUAAUUGAUGCUUGUUCACGACAUCGAUUCCAUGCAGCUCUUCUGUCAGUAUCCCAUUGCGCGUCGCACAUAUUUGUUGCACUAAGGCAUGGCACAUUUGUUCCGAAUCCAGUGUUUUUAACAUCGAGGAGACCGUUUGGUACUAGCAAGAUGUGCCAGUUGCUGGCCAAGACAUAUUCAUUAAUUUGCAAAUCUACUGACUGUGUUACAUUAUAAAUGAACAUUUUAUCAGAGAACCUAUGUGAGAACUGUAAGCAAAUGCAGUAUCACAGCAGCCAAUGUAAAUUGUAAAGUUAUACACAAAACAAAAUGUACUAACAUUUCAUACAAACCUUGCCAUUAUUUUGGAAGGAGGGGGGAAAAAGAGCUUCAAUUUUUAGGUUUUUAUUUUUCAAUACUGAAUUUUCCAUUCUUAAGUAUUGGUACCUCGGUAAAUUGUGAAUGAAAAAAAAAUCCAGUGUAUUGUAGGGUGGGGUGUGUGUUACAUUACGUAACGGUAAUUAAAUUGUGUCUGCCAGUGCCUGUAUGAUUACGUAUAUUUGUCUUCCCCUUCUAGUAAAAUGCAUGCUUUCCUUUCCCGCCUUUUUCACUUUGCAAGGAAAUCCCGUUUUUGCUUUUAUUUAAUUCCUUGACAGUAAUGUUUUUUUUUGUUAUUAUUAUAUAAAUUUGGACACUUUUUUUUCCCAAUAUUGUGAGUGCUGAUUUGUGGGAGCCCUCGCCAUUUUCACCAAGAAGUGUAAGCUAUUUAAAGGAUAUUAAAAAUAAUCAUCUAGCUGCUAAAAGAAAAGAAAAAAAAAAACAAAACAAUACUAUAACUUAAAUCUAUGCUGGUUCUGGAUGCACUUUUCUUUAGGAACAAGGGAUUUUAAACAAAAAAAUGUAAAGUGGUAUGAUUUUAUUUAAGAUGGUUAUUGCUUAAAGAUCUAAAUAACUACUUUUGUUUCCCUUUUUUUUUUCUUCCUCUUGUUUUUUUUUUUUUUUUUUUUUCCAAUUUAUAUAAUUUUUUUCCUGAAACUUAAGCUUUGCAUAUUGUUCUAAACAUGUUUAAACGGCUAUUGGUCUUCAAAAUAAAUUUCAAGGUGUAAUAUAUUCUAUUUCAGCUGCGUUUCUUUCAUGCCGAUAUGGCAUUCCCUUAGUGAUCAGAAUGCAGGGUUUAAAGAGAUUUCCACAGGUAAAUAUCACAGAAUACAUAGUCUAUGUAUUUAAGCCGGUAAAUGCUUUUUUUUUUAAUAUAAAUAUAUAUUUGUUUCAGAAUAUCCUAAACAUACAUGCAGUUUCUUAAUUGUAGGAAAUUGUAUUGCCUUACUGCUGUAUUGUGGCUUUUAUUUUUAUUUUAUAUCUUUGCGUGAUCUCGCUCCACCUAAACUGUACUACAAAUCUACCAACUACAGCAAGUGGCUAGAAUUGUUUGACUUUCAAGUUGUAGAAGCACAUAAAUGGUUAUCAUCACCGGGUCCGAACGCACAAGCACUAUCUAGUCCCAUCUGGCAUUCUAAAAUUUGACUUCACACGUUUUAUUUAAUUCUUGACUGUGUUUAAACCUGUUGUGUCGAUUGUUUAUUCAUUUUAAGUAAUAAGGGUCUCCAGGGUACAUUUUGGCAUCUACUGUUUAAAGGGGUUCUUUUUUUGUUUUAUGCUUGUCGUGUGUCCGGCUUUGGUUGACCUGUUUCCAAAAGAGUUUGUACUGUAUUUACGUGUCCUAAAUAAAUCCUGAAAACCGAA